AUGUGGCGGUGGCGGUAUGUCAGCGCCCGGCAGCUGGACGGCUUCCGACAGUACAAGUACAGUGCUGUGGAUACAAAUCCUUUAUCUGUGUAUAUUAUGCAGCCCAUCUGGAACAAAAUUAUUAAGAUAGUGCCUUUGUGGAUUGCUCCCAACCUGUUAACAUUCUCUGGAUUUGUCAUGAUUUUAUUUAAUUAUUUUCUAAUAUCUUUCUAUGACUGGGACUACACUGCCUCAGGUAGCAGUCCUGGACUUGUUCCCACCUGGGUGUGGCUGUUCAGUGCUUUUACCACCUUUUGUGCUUAUGCUUUAGACUCCAUAGAUGGGAAACAUGCUCGAAGGACUCAGUCCAGUACUCCUCUGGGAGAACUAUUCGACCAUGGACUGGAUAGCUGGGCUACCUCCAUUUUUGUGCUUUCCUUUUUUUCUGUUUGUUCCCGUGAUAAUGGGAAGACUGGAGUUUCUGUAUAUACAAUGUAUAUAUAUUUAAGCAUUGUCUUGUUUAACUUCAUGUGUUCACACUGGGAGAAAUAUAACACAGGAGUUCUUUUUCUUCCUUGGGGAUAUGAUAUAAGCCAAGUGGUAUUAAUAGCAGCAUAUCUGCUUACCAGUGCUGUUGGUGUGGAAGUCUGGCAGAAGCCUUUGCUGCUCGGUUAUUACAUUACAGACAUAUUAGUAAUCCUGCUUAUAGGCUUCAGUUUAUUUCUUUCAUUUCCACAAACACUAUACAAUAUUCACAGAGCACAUUUAAAGAAAACACUGAAGAAUGAUUCCCUGUAUGAAGGACUCCUACCUCUUGUGUCACCUCUGUUGCUGUUCGUUCUUCUUACAGUCUGGGUGGUUUUAUCUCCAAGCAACAUAUUAGCAAAGCAACCAAGACUGUUUUUAUGGAUGGUUGGGGUUGCUUUCUCCAACGUUAUUUGCAAGGUGAUCAUCUGCCAGAUGAGCGGCACCCGGCCGGAGCUUUUCCACUGGUUCCUGUUCCCGCUGGCGCUGGUGGUGUACGCAGCCAUCUCCGGGCUGCUGGGCUGGAUGGAAGAAGCUGUUCUUGCCGUGUUCACCGCCCUGGUCACAGCCGCCCACGUGCACUACGGGGUCUGCGUGGGUAGGCAGCUGAGUGAGCACUUGAACAUUUACAUCUUUUCCCUGAAGAAACGCGCCCAAGAGUGAACACCUGCACUAUGAUCAGACUGUAACACUGACGUGGAGAUCCGCAACUCUUCUGAUGUGACAAACAGUUGGAAUUAAUCUGAUUAAAAUAACCAAAGAAUAGAACAGUACAGAUAUCUGAACCACUACGACAAUGAGCUAUGCAGCAAGAUGUUUCAUCUCAGAGGAAGAUUCCUGUCCAGCAGAGAAGUGUUUACCAAGUUGUUCUGCUGCUAACAUUUAUUCUCUUCUAAUGCAAAUGCUGUGUUACUGGCCUCUCUGAAGCUUUGGUCUUCUUCCUCCUUGCCAUUUUGUCCAAAGUCCUGGAGAAAUUCAUGCCAGGUUACAUAAGCUUCGUGGUGGUUUAUAACCAGCACUGAUUUUGAACAGCCUAGUCACCAGUGGGACCCCAGCAGUGCAAACACUCCCCUGUAUGUCCUUCUCACUCAGACAUCUGUGCCUGCUUCAUUUUCCAUAAUUACUUUCUCACAACUCAUUUCUUCCAUACAACCUCCUGAAAGGCUUAUGCACAUUCAGUCUUUUCCUUACCUCAAAUGAAUGUGUGAAGACAAGAGAAUGAGCUGAGAAAGCUAUGGGUACAGUAAAGUGUUUUUGAAAUGUACGGGUUUUUUUCUCAUUCUCAGCAUUAAGAUGAGUCUCAGCUGACCUGUAUCUGUCAGAAAUGCAGGCUCUGACCAGCAGCAGCUGACCUUUGGAUUUAUUUUCUAGGCAGUAACAAGCACAUUGUUGAUAUUUCAGUUAGCAACGAGCAAUAUACUCUACAAAGGUAACCAGCAGAAAAUAAAUUUGGCCAGCAGACCUUCAAAGAUUCACACAUUUCACUGCAAAACUAGUUUAAGUGAAACAUCAUGUAUGAGUGCAAAAUGCAAAACAAACCACUAUUUGCCUGUGUGCUCGAAGCAAAUUCUUGUGAGUUUAGAAAACGACAAAAAAAGAACAAACAAGAAAAGCUUCCCCCCCCCCAAACAUUACACAUUUGCAUGCAGAUGUAAACUGCUCACUUCAUCUAUAAUACACGUAGGUUUUGGCAUGCCUUGGAGGAAGGAGUAAGAAUUGGAGUUUCAUCCCUUUUCAUAUGCUGCCCUAGCCAGAGGGACUUUGUGGUCUUGAAGCACUAAUGAAACAAUCUGUCCACUUCCCCAAGGUAAGCAUGAGAUUGCGUUUCUUGCACAGAGGGAUGGGGUUGACAGACUGGCACAUUCAUUAACUAUUUCACUUGCCAGAAGCCAGGCAAAAGCACAACUGUUGUACCUGGCAGCCGUUCCUGCAGGUACCAGGGGACAGGCCUGCACAUCAGCUUCCUCUCAUCACAAAGCAGAAACCCACAGUGACUGGGAAGGUUUCUGGUGGUGUGAAAGUACACACGUUCCUUCCACCUACGAAACGAGCAUGUUGAGGGUCCCACCCCACAAAUGAACAUGAGACUGCAGUCACAGUUCAAGCAGCCUAAGGUUUGAGUUAGGCAGAGGGGUGUGGUCAUCCUGUUAAUGCUCAGUCAGAGGUUUUUCCAAGAGCCCUCCUGCAGGGAAGGGAGGCUCCCAAGCCCUUUGGUACUACUGUGGUCCAGCUCCAAGAGACAUCUCCCAGCCUUCCUUCCCAAUGGUGUGGUAGACAUGCCCCCAUCCUGCAUGAUGCCCAGGGAAUGUGGGGUGUCCACCAAGGCACUCCCUAAGGACUCUCUCAGAAUUAAGUCUGAAGGCUGUUUAAUUAAUGAGGCUUGCUAAAAAAGGCAGUUUGUGUUGAAGGGGAAUGACAAGUUUGAUGAUGUUGCAUGAUGUUGUUGCAAGCAGUCUCAAUGUUUGAUGAAGUUAAACACUACGUCCAAUACCAGAGACACUGCCACGAAAGUCUCACUUACUUUAUACAGGCAGUUUAUAUUUCAGCCUUCCAUCACAAGUGUCUGGAGGAAGUUCUGACGAGAAAAGAAUUAGAAUACAAUAAACAAAGUUACCUCCAAAUUGGUUGUACUGGAGAAACUCUGUGGACAGGCUUCCCUUUUCCAUCUGUCUUGCACUUAAUUAGGAAACAGCUGGAAAUAAGGGUCACAGAAGCAGCACAAUUUGAUGCACUGUAAUGGAGUAUUUUGAAAUAUUCAUUAAAUGAAAUUACAAAACUUGAACUACCACAACCUGGCUGCACUUGUACCUUUCUAAAGAGAAAUACAGCAUCAGUUUUAAAAGACAUUAAGCUCUGGCCAGCUUUUCCACCUUCUAUAUGAAAACAUGGCAAAUAAUUUUAUUUUUCCUUUUUAAAGCAGCUUGUCACUACAAUCUCUAUAAAGACAAGUAUAAAAAGAAAUCAUGUAUUGCACAGUGUAUAUUUUGAGUUUUUAGCCAUCCUAGAUGGUAACUGAUUCAAUGAACAGGAAUUAAAAUGCUUUGCACACAGGGUGGUACGGUCACAGAUUUAUUUUGCCAAGUCAGAUAACUAUGUAGAUGACCUAAUAGUCUUAACAAAUAUUUUUUUUGUUGUCAUUGCAACAUUAUGGCAGAAAGUUUUCAACUAUUUGAACUGGAAAACAGGUACCUUUUUUAUGCUUUUGAACAUUUGCACUAGCCCCAAGACGUGCCUCCCCACCAAGUCUUACAAAAAGCAUCUCAAAAGAGCAGCUCUCCCAGGUUUGAAUGCCUGGGUUGGAAAUGGGCACCUCCAGUCCCUGCUUCAUCCUACCUUCUUUAUUAGAAACCUUCCCUGAGUGGGGCUAAGCAAAGGUUUGGCCUCAAUUCCAGGGAUACCUGAUAGCAGCGGGGCCCAGGCUGGUGGCACACAACCAUGGCACGAAGGGGCCCUGAGCCAAGGCUCGAAGCCUUGGAGAUUGAGCAGCAACUACUGCGGCAACAUUGCUCGUGCUACAGAAGAUCAGAGCAGUGAGAACUACAAUGAAGCUUCCCCCCUUUUAUUCCCAAAAGCCUAAUACUUUAACCUGAAACGCAGCCAGCUUUUAGGUACUGCACUGAAGAUUCAUCCCUGAAUACUUGGCCACUGCAGGAAGGUCCACUGGGAGUUUCAGUGCCCUUGCUGUAGUACUCUCUUCGCCUCCUGGCUGCUGCCAGUUUUGCUGUUGUAUCAAAACUGAUACACAAGAGAUCUAAUACUCCGAAAUCCAAAAGCAGUUACCAUAAAGAAGAAUGUGCUGUUUACAUGCACAGGCAUACAUGCAUUUUCUUUUUUUGAUUUAUAGGAGGCAAUACAGUUGCUGAGCGAAACAGAUGCUACCCACACACAGAGGAUAAGUGAACUUUUGGUUUUUUAAAGCAGCUGCCUUUUUCAUCCUGCUCCCAUAUGCAGUCCCUGAUGAAUCAAAAAUAUGUAUUUUAUCCAGAGAAGUAUUAUUUUAGAAUGUUCUGAAUAGUCUCUAGAGCUAGACAGAUUUUAACAUAUAUUUUUUUAUUAAAUAUGUAAAAAGAUAAACGCAAGUCAAGUUAUUCACAUAUUCAGACAAAAAUCUACUCUAUCAUGCGACAAUUUGUGGAUAAUGUAAAAUGACUGAUACAUCUGAAUAAGACUUUUUUUGUAUCUAUUAUGCCAUUACUUAUCUAUUUAUAAUUAACAAUACAUAUGUUUACAUUCCUUUCAGUUUACAUUUAAUAUAUAACCAAAGCUUUAUGGUGUGCUAUUUAGUAAAGGUAAUUACAAAUGCAUAUUAAAACCAUAACAGAAGAAUGGGUUACUCACAGGGGGUGGGGGGAGAAGGACAACUCUUUCCCCUUUCAGAACACUGCUCUCCCCUCAGCACAGCCAAAUUUCUAGUGCCCCCAAGGUAUUUCACUGCCCCUACAUCAGUCACUCCCCCCUUGAUACAAGCAGUGAGAGGGCUAUGGUCCUCAGAUUAGAAACAGGAUACGAGGAAUUUUCAGGAAAUUAAGUGCAGCUUUUUUAAUUUUUUUUUUUAAUUUUUUUUUUUUUUUUUAAGUAUGUGCUUCAAAAGAGAGAAAAGGAGACAGGCACAACAGCCUGGCUAUGAAUCGUCCAGGGAGCUCAGCAACCCCAACCAUUUGCAUCUUUACAAAAAUGUUUUCCCGUGAAGUGCUCUCCAUGCAUCUGCUCAAGUAUUAGCAGAAGGAUGAAUGGCAGUAAGCAGAGAUUGAUGCUGAUGAAACUAAGUUUAUAGCCUGAUCCCAAACUCCUUGCCCCAUCAGAGAUCCCAUAUAGGUUAGAGGACAUUCUGGAAUCUGGAAAAAAAAUUAGUAACUGCUCUUCAACAGUAUUAUGAAGAACUACCAUUUAUUACAAUGACAAUUGUAAUAAGUACAUAUGUUCUAAUAAACACAAAUACAACAAAAA